CCCAUUCAGUCAGAACUCCAUCAACGAAACCCUAGAAUCUUCAAAAUGCCAAUGUCUGCGUUCCCUGCCCUAAGAGGAAGAAGGAAAAGGUCGGUGUCACGAUCUUCAUCGUCAUCACCAUCACCAUCUUCCACCACCUCCUCCUCCUCUUCUUUGACAAAAACAGUUUGUAUUCGUGCAAUUUCUGAAGAAGUUCAAUCUAAUUGGUUUUUGGUUAAUGUCUCAUUCCAAGCUGAAGAAGAAGAGAGCAAGAAGAAAAGUCAAAGUAGAAGAGACCCAUAUGACGAGUUGCUGAUCCGCUUCUUUGGACGUCAUCAUCACCACCGCCCUGGCGUCACUGAUGGUAAUUUCCCAACACUGUAAUGUGACAGUUUUUUCAGCAUUUGAGCUAAUGUAAAUGUAUAUUUUAUCCCUUUUUAAAGGAAUGCGAAAGUAUUAAUUGGUGUAAAAAUUAAAGCCACUGUAUUGUGUUGGUGGUGACCUUCCCCGUAGGAAGGGUUACAUAGAGUCAGAUUUUUCUCGUGUAGUUAGGGCUUAUGAUCUCUCUCCUACUCCUACACACCAUGGUUGGACUAAGAACCUUUCGCCAAUGAUCCGUCGCAGACGCACUCCUCGCUUGGCGGUUCUCGAUGAUAAGCUUUACGCUUUUGGCGGCGUCGCAGAUCGUUCUCUUUUUGCCGAAGUUUAUGACCCCAUUGUGGACAAAUGGGAGGCCUUGCCCCAACCAUCACCUACAAUUAGGGAUAAUGCAUGCUUUGCUGCACCGCUACACGGUAUGAAGAAGAUUGCGGUUGGUGAUACCCUCAUCUGGAAUGCUAAAACCUAUCUUCUACACAUGGGUGGUGAUACCUUUUGCAUGCUAUGGCGUUCUCCCUCCAUUUCUCAAACCAAAACCCAAUACCAUUGCACGCAACUUCAUGUGAUUAAGGAGGAAGUCUCUGAGGAAGGAUCUAGAGGGGUUUUGAAUGCCCGUGUUCUAGCGUGCCAAUCUUUUAUCACUCCUGGAAAGGCAUCGAUAUGUGAAGCUCAGACACUGGGUAUUUCUUUGAUUGAGGAUAACCGACAAGAUGAGGCAAUUGCUUCCUUAGAAGUAAUCGGCAAGAAUGGUGGAAAAAUAUUGGAGAUGAGGACUCCUCAGACUACAGUAGUCUAAGCUACAUUAAACUUAUGUAAAAGAUGAGGAUGAUUGUAGUUUAUUUUUUUAACUUGGAUUAAUUAUUCUUUGAAAUAUGUUUCUUUUCUAGA